UGUAAAAGUUAUAUUCUUGUGUACUAGCAGCCACUCGCCUAAAGGAAAACCAGGUCUCUGAACUUGCUGUUUCCAUCAUGGGUCACAUUAGGAAGUCUUCCCAUGGCCCCAGGGCAUCUGUACUUUGUAUUUCAGGGACGGCUGACCUUCCGGGAUGUGGCCAUAGACUUCACUCAAGAGGAGUGGGAAUGCCUGGACCUCGGUCAGCGGGACUUGUACACGGACGUGAUGGUAGAGAAUUAUAGGAACCUGGCCUCCUUGGGUCUUGUGGUCUCUAAGCCAGACUUGGUCACCUUUCUGGAGCAAAUGAAGGAUCUCAGGAAUAUAAGGAGAAUGCAGACAACAGGCAUAUACCCAGCUAUACCUCCUCAAGACACCCAGGAUUUGAUGCCAAAGAAACCAAGGGUAUAAGAUUUGUUCCCAAAAGCAAACCUAGGAAUAUAUGAAAGAUUUCACCUCAGAAACUUGCAAUUAAUGAAAGACUCAGAACAUACAAGGGCGUGUGAAAGACAGAGAGGAUGUUUACAUGGACAUAAAGAAAUUGAGACAGUUACACAUAAUGCAGACAUUACUGUAGAAAGAAAUGAGCUACUUGAGUCAAAUUGGGGGAAACACUCAUUUCAGUCUUCAACAUCUGCUGAGAAGUGUACGUUUUUCAGAAAAAGUUUACAUUGUUUUUUGAAACAUACUUGUUCUCUGAAAGGAAAUGUGGAAAAUCUGGAAGGUCCUCCAGUCUCUACUGUACAUACUCCUUCCAACCACUCUGAGCAUAGGCUUCGAUUCAACA